CAGUCACGUGUAAAUAGUGUUCGUUAAAUCUCGUUCUUGACUGUAGGAAGAGUAGUCAGUCUGUACAUUUUCCUUAUCGUUAGGCGUUUGCUUCAUGUUGUGAGCGAUCCUUUCAUUUUAAAUCCACCAUUUCACCGAAGAAUGAGUGAUAACGAUGAUAUCGAAGUCGAUAGUGACGAAGACUCACCGAGAUAUCACAAUGUGGCAGACAAACGGGCACACCACAAUGCACUGGAGCGCAAACGUAGGGAUCACAUCAAAGACAGCUUUCACAGCCUGCGGGACUCGGUGCCUGCCCUGCAAGGGGAAAAGGUUGGUAGAGAGGUGGCGUCACUCCUACGCGACGCUCGUCCCUCAACAGGGACCAGUGCAGGCGGAAUCGUCGCUCUAUCUGACCAAUCUAUCAAACAGGCGUCCCGAGCUCAGAUCCUAGACAAAGCCACAGACUACAUCCAGUAUAUGAGGAGGAAAAACCACACGCACCAGCAGGACAUCGACGACUUGAAAAGGCAGAACGCUCUGCUGGAGCAGCAAGUGCGUGCGCUGGAGAAGGUGAAGGGUUCGACCCAGCUCCAGGCCAGCUACAGUUCUUCAGACAGCAGCCUGUACACCAACCCUAAAGGCAGCGCUGUGUCUGCUUUCGACGGAGGCUCUGACUCCAGCUCAGAGUCCGAGCCAGAGGAACCCCCCGCCCCCAGGAAGAAGCUCCGCGUGGAGGCCAGCUAGAGCGCCAGGCUAGCCCACAGCACCAUGCCUGGUGUGGAGGGGUACUGCAUCCACGGUUACUGGUCCAGUAGUCAGGACUGCUCCUCUAAUUCCCACUACCUUCUCCUCCCUCCAUAUCUCUGGAUGUGCUCUCAGUGGAGAGUGGAGACUCCAUCCGUCCCUGCUGAUCUGUCUAUCCUGACGUCCUUUCAUCACGCCGUCCCCUACGGAGGGAGGGAAGCCAGCUGGGAGGAAGAAAAGUAGACUGAUUUUUGAAUACGACGUGCAAAGCUUCUGUUUUUCCCUGUCGGUUCCUUGCUUCCCUUUCUGACUUCUCUCCCUUUCGUCAACAACUAUCCAAAACCCAAAAUGAGGAAGCUUCGCUACCUAAAGGACUCAAUGCUUUUGUACCCUCUACUGUGUACUCUCUCCUCUCGGCUGAAAACUACGGAGAGGAGAGAGAGAGGCGUACUCCAAGCACUGCUAACAUAUACUACUUUUGUUUAUUUAGUCAAUUUAUCUUGAUAAGAACCUGUUUUUAGAAUUUAUACACACGCCUAGAAGAGUCAUCCUGUUGGUUGGAGAAGCAUACCUUCAAAACAUUACCACAAAAAAAAUAUAAUUUGAUGUAAAAGUGAAACACAAACCCACCUCAGGCCAACAGGAUUGCAGAUGUUUUCCAUUUUGACACAUUUGUUAGAAAUUAAAUAUAAUCCCCCUUUGUGGAAAAUAAUUGAUGUUAUGAAAAAAGAUUCCAAAACUUGUAUCGUAUUUUGUCAUUUUGCUUGAACUAGUGAAUGAAUUUAGGUGGCAGAGCAAAAGUUAGGAAUCUCAAUAAAAAAAAAAAAAAAAAAAACGUUUAUUGAUUGGAUAUUUUCAAGUUCUCAAAAAAAGUGAUGCAUUUUGUAUUCUCACAAAUCAUUGGAAAAUACCAAUUUGUCACUUGUAGUUUUCCUUCAAGGUAUGAAAUAGAUAUUGAAUGUCAAAAGGUAGUUCCCAUUUUUUUUCAAUAUGAGGAGAAAAUUAAGUGAAUGUGUGGUGAAUUACACAGUUAAAAUCUUAAAUGUCGCCGACUCCAAGAAAAAAAAACAAAGCAUUUUGUGUGUCUAGGAAAUGUGUAUGUAUAUUUUUCCCAUUUGUUCCCCCAUUUUUUUAGGGUAUAAUUAGUGUAUACUAAAUAGAUAUUUGAUUCCAUUCCAUGGAAAUUACAAGUAUGUUGUACAUACUGCCAAGAAUUGUCUUGCAAGUUGAGGCCUACCUUUACUAUGAGACUAUAAAUAAAACUAUUUUAUCCUUUAAAAA